AUGGCGCUGCUCUCGUGGAUGAACUUGGCGCUCUACGCGCUGCAGCUGCUUGCAAACCGACAAUGGGCACGCAGCAUUGGCCCCACUUCGAGACGCUACGAGACGCUCAUCACGCCGGCGCCCUAUGCCUUCAGCAUCUGGGGCUUUAUCUACACGUGCCUCGCCGUGACUGUCGUCGUCGACUGCUUCUGGCCGUCCGCCUCGAUCUAUUCGAGCGCUUCGAACGCCACCGUCUUGCGCUCGCUCUUUGCCCUGUCUUGUCUCAUGAACAUGCUGUGGAUCGCUCUAUUCACCACCGAGCUAGUGAACGCGGCCACACUCACGCUCGUGGUGCUCUGGGCCUCGCUCUUUGUGCUCUACGCGCACGUGAUUACCGAGCGUCGCGACGCCGGCUUUGACCUCCAGCGCUUCGUGCUGAACGAGCUGGGCCUCACUGUCUACUUUGCCUGGACCGGUGGCGCCACGCUCAUUAGCUUCGCCGUCACGGCCCAAUACAUUGCUGAGGACUACCUGUCUUUGACGUCGUACGUGACGCUCUUGUCGUUGCUGGUCGUCACGGCGUUGUCCGCUGUCAUUUACGCAGGCGACGUGACGUUCGGUCUCGUAGCCAUCUGGACACUAGUCGGCCUUGCUGCUAAGACCACGACCCUGGAGCCGCGCGUCGAGAUGAUCGCGACGAACGUUCGCGCCUGCGCUUCGCAGAGCGCUGCAAUCGUCGCGGCUUUUAUCGUCAUCUCGAUCGUCCAAAAGCUUCUGGCUCCUGCAAUGUCCAUGCGUCCGACUGGUGGCCCGCUCUACGGUGACAAGGCCAUGCAGCAUGUGGACUAUGGCACAGCUAACGCCUAA